ACCAAUUCAUAAAGUUUCUCAUUCAUUCAAUUUCAGUAGACAAAAAUGGCAUCAAAUAUGAGUAAUAUGUUUAUGUUGUGUGCAGCAAUAAUGCUUACAUUAGUUCCAUCAGGGUACGGGAACGCCGAAGGAGACGCAUUGAUGGCUCUAAAGGGUAGCCUCGUAGAUCCUUUGAAUGUUCUACAAUCCUGGGAUCCGGCGCAAGAUUACUGCCUUUAUUUUCAUGUAACGUGCAAUUCCGACAGUCAAGUUAUUCGAAUAGACUUGGGGCAUGCAAGUCUAAGCGGCCAUCUGGUACCGAUCUUAAAGCGCUGCAAAGCUUGCAGUAUCUGUAUGUUAUUAUUGUUUCAACAAUUUUAUAAUUUUCUUUUUCUUUUUUGUGUGUUGAGGUUAAACAUGUUUGUGUCAUAAACACAUCAACAUAGAUGUUACGACUUAAAAUUUAUCGUAUUGCAAAUUGAUACACGAAUAUGUUCAAUCCAUUUACGACACUGGGUAAAAUGUGUUGCGUCGUAUUAUAAUGUUCUAUUAGUGUUAUUCACAUUCAACGAAUUUAGUCAAAUGAAUUAAAUGUGCUAUGUUAAUAUGAUCUAUAUUCGAGUUAUAUAAAUAAAUAAAUAAAGGAGCCUUGUUUGUAUGAUUCCUAAUCGAUUCACUAAAUUAAACGUGUUAAUAUAUAUAUAUAAAUUGUUUAAUUUUUGUAUUGUGUUUCAACCCGUUCAAUCACCUGUAUGUUUCAUAUGGAAAUUUGAUAGGAGUAGAAAUACUCAAAUUUUCUAUAUCGGUUUUGGUCUUUCUAAUAUGCUUUUAUUGUUAUAAUUGAGCUAUUAUAUGUCUUAUUGUGUGUUUUAGUAUUUCAGGUUAAAUACAUGGAAAUCAAUGAGUUUUGGGUUUAAUUUGAGCAUUCCGAAGGUUUCCGAAGUAAAGAGAUGCCGAAAGCACAUUUGCAAACCUGAAAAUAUGACCCCGCUGCACUAAUUGACGAAUAUGGACUAGCUAGAAGCUUCAAAUGAAUUGUGUUCUUCAUGAACGUUGAAGUAGACAUCCUAAUCUUUCCAACGGUUCAAGAAUCAGCUCAUUUGGAGGUGUCUACAAAGAGUUAUGAAGUUUUGAAGUCAGUCGUUGCGCAGCAGAAAUAGUGUCUCUUUCAAGACAAACUUUUGUGCAUGUCUCGAUCGAGAAGCAUGUUCAGAUGAGCUUCUCGAUAGAGACCAGUGUUACAAAAAGAAACAGAGAGCAAGCCAAAAUUGGGUCUCGAUCAAGAAGCACUUCUCAACAAGCUUCUCGAUAGAGACAUGAAGAAAACUCAGAAAAGACCAAAAUUCGAGUUUAGAGCUUUGCUUUGAACAUUUUCCUUAUUUAGCCCAACAAAACGUGUACUAGAAUGUCUUUUAUGUUUCCUCUUUUGUUUUUGCCUAUAUAAGGCUCAUUAUCUCUCACCUUUAGGGUAUCACUUAUCAUGUAAAUACAUACAUCACUUAUUCUCUACACAUUUUUAGUCAUUUUUAGGAGUAGAUUAAUUUUAGGGUUUUGAGCCACCAUCUUCUUCAUCAUUUCCAACAUUUUUAGUAUCUCCCAUUGAUGAACAUUUUAAGCUUUUAUUAUAUGGAUAUUGCAAUUUAAUGAAGUUUUAUCUUUUCUAA